AUGGCAUCACAGCCCAACGCAGAUGGUGGUUUGUAUGCAUGGAUCAUCGUGGCUGGAAGUCAUGUGGUACAGGCCAUAUAUAUGGGAGAUAUUGCUGGUUCAAGCUUAUUUUUCGUGAUAUUCACAGAGUAUUUCCAAGAAGGCGGCGGAAGAACAUUCGCAAUAGUGAGUUUACAGACUUGUGUGCCCAUACUGAUAGCCCCACUUGUCGGUGUUUUAACUAAACGGUUCGGUUGCCGCCCAUUAGUGAUAGCUGGAGGGUUAUUAUCGAUGGUUGCCAACCUCGUCACCUCGUUCGCAACUAGCUUGAAAUGGAUGUAUUUCAGUUACGGCAUUAUCCAAGGAUUUGGACUUGGACUUCUCUAUGCCCCAAGUAUAGUAAUUAUUGGACAACAUUUCACAAAACGUCAUGCCCUGGCGAAUGGGAUAGUAUUUGCAGGAGUUGGAGUUGGUAUGAUAACAUUUCCACCAUUAUACGAGCUCCUAAUAAGAAAAUAUGGAUGGCGGGGCGCUCUUAUCGUUAUAUCCGGGAUUUAUUUGAAUGUAGCUGUGUGCGGACUACUGAUGAGAUCGCCAUACCCGUACAGAACACAAGCUAGGAAAUUGACAAAUAAUAGAAGAUUGUCUGAAGAAGAAGUGAAUAACAGUGUUGACGACAGUGCCUUGAAUGAUACCGGUGAACAUGGCGUACCGACAUCUGAACAACGAUCUGUAGCCAGAUAUAUCUGUUCAUCUUUACACAACUCACCCGUUAUUGUGUUGUGGCGUCAUAAUUCUUGGUUGAGAGUAGUAUGCGCUGCUGGAUUACUGACAGGCGUUGGACAUUAUAUUGCAUUAUUUCACAUUGUGUCUAAAGCCGUGCACGAGGACAUCCUCGGAUUCGAUGCCGCCUUGCUCCUCACCGUCUUCGGUGUUGCCAACAUGAUUGGACGAGUUGCACAUGGUUGGUUCAUUGAUCUCGGUUACGUCUCCCCGAUGGCGGUGUUCGCGGUAACACUCAUUUUAGCUGGUGCCUUUUUAUUGACGAUGCCCUUGACCAAUGGCAUAUAUGCAGUGUUCGCCUCGGUCUCGGCUGCAUAUGGCUUAAGUCUAGGUAUAGCUGGUCCGCUUUACGCAGUAAGCUUAAAACUGUGUGUUGGUGUUCAUGACUUACCGACUGCUAUUGGUUGGUAUGUUCUUUGCUCCGGCAUCGGAAGUAUGAUUGGUCCGCCAGUUGCAGGUUGGCUGUAUGACGUAACCUCAAACUACAAUAUAUCAUUCAUAAUGGGCGGAGUAACGACGAUUCUUGCUGGCUGUGUGGUUCUGGUGCAACUCAGAUACCUGAGAUAUAAAUCAAAAAGGCUACCCAGUGAUUGCCAGUAUGAUCCAAUCGCGUACAGCGAUGGCGCCACAGAGGAACACAAGGCUGGUGUAGAAAAGCUUGCAUGGAUGGAGACUACGCUGUGAUGGUUAUGCGAAUCAUGUUUCAGUUUUCUGCAAGAUGGGAGCAGUACAUCGCUGAUGUGUAGUAUAAUAUGUAUCAAUUAUAUGUGCACAACUGGGGAUUGACUUAACUUAGUGCCUACGUGAAAUACGGAACUUCACACUAGAACGUACGAGAUUUCGUAAUAUAUAUUUGGAAUUACGGAAUUGAGACUAGACACCAACAUGUUUUCAUUUCUUAAUAUUUUUUAUUUCAAUGUUUCAUGCUGACAGCACCGCCCAAUGUUGACGAUUGUAAUUGCGAAGCGAAUUUCAGGUUCGGUAAGUUGUUUACAGAAAUGUCAUACGUUGAAAGUAUUUAAUAUUGUGUGAUAGGUAUUUUUAAUGUUUCGAAACCUUUCACUUAGGUAAUCGGGAUUCGAUUGUUCUCCACGCUAGACUUACAAAAACACACACAAGCUCAGUUCAUGUUGCAUUCGAUUCUCUGCUUGUCUCUCUCUUUCUCCCCGAGACAGCUUAAAAUCACUUUUUAUUACUUGUCAACCAUUAGCCAAUUACAAUACAGUAUAAGAGACUUUAAGGCCUUGACCUUCAAACACACAGCCAAUCACAUGAAAGUUUUACACAUCAUAAUACAAUUGAUUAAUCGUCACUAUAUUAGGAAAACCACUAUCAUAUUGUCAACGUCAGUUUAUAUUUAUGGGUUUUAAU